UCUUAGCGAUCCUGCAGAUUGUUACUCCAUGUUCAGAAUGUAUCCUCAUUGCUUCCAUGCACUUCAUACCACAUUGGUUGAAGACUAUGGAUUGAAGUCAACACGGCAAAUGUGUUCUAUGGAGGCUCUUGGUAUGUUCUUAUGGAUGGUUGGAGGUCCUGAACCGGUAAGUCAAGCACAAAAUCGUUUCAAGAGGUCUAAAGAAACAAUUCAUCGUAAAUUCGAUGAGGUGUUGGAGUGCUUGGUUUGUUUGGCUACGGAUAUCAUUAAACCAAGAGAUCCGGAAUUCUCCACUUUGCAUUCAAGGCUUCAAGACUCGAGAUUCUAUCCCCACUUCAAUGACUGUAUCGGUGCAAUUGAUGGGACACACAUACGUGUUGUUGUCCCCACCGAUGAGAUUGUAAACCAUGUGGGACGAUAUGGAUAUCCGACGCAAAAUGUGAUGGCUGUGUGUGACUUUGACAUGAGAUUUACAUCAAUAGUUGCCGGAUGGCCGGGGUAUGCACAUGACACAAGGAUAUUCAAAGAUACCUUGAGAAAGUAUGAAGAAGAAUUCCCACAUCCACCCCCAGGAAAAUAUUACCUUGUUGAUUCCGGAUAUCCCAAUCAAACCGGCUAUCUUGCUCCAUAUAAGGGACAAAAGUACCAUCUACCGGAGUUUCGACAAGGCCGCAAACCAAGUGGAAAAGGAGAAGUCUUUAAUCAUGCACAUUCAUCGCUCCGAAAUGUCAUUGAGCGAGCCUUUGGUGUCUUGAAGAUGAAGUGGCGUAUUUUACUACAUAUCACAAGUUACCCAAUUCUGAAGCAAACACGCAUCAUUGUUGCAUGCAUGGCACUUCACAAUUGGAUAAGAGAGAGUAAUCUACAUGACAAAGAGUUCUACAAGUGUGAUCAAAAUGAAAACUAUAUGCCGGGAAACAUACAACCUGAACCAUCUGUACCACUUCCUGGAGUUCAGUUGGGUGUUGAGCAUGGAGACAUGCAUGUGAUUCGCGAAAAUAUUGCGGAUGGUUUGAUGGGAGAUGUGUAG